AUGAAAGCUGGGGACGAUUGGCUGUUGAUCCAGAGAUCUUCUCAGAUCUGAACAUAACCAAGAGCUGCUGUCCUCAAUGCUAUUAGCUAUUACAUCGAACUGGGAGGUGGGAGCCCUUAUUCACUAAACCGAGAGAGAGAGAGACAGACAGAGAGAGCGGAACAACUUUGAUAGGAUAUCAACUUGUAACUGUUAAAUGAGAGGUGAAUGACACGCAGAGAGCGUGUCGCGCUAACCAGGAGCAGAGCGCACUAUCUUCUCUCGGUUACAACAUCCUGAUUAUUUCUAUUGUAAUAAUAUAUAGAAGUAUUUCUUUAUUCAUUUCAUUCCCUUAUUUUCUUUAUUUAUUUAUUUCAAUGAGUGUCGAGUUUCUCAUGAGAUUAUAUAAGUUUUCAAACAGGUUGAUACCACCCAUUUUCACACAUAAGACGACUUGGGAAAACGCGUUCUGAGCGACAGCUCUUCACCAGCAAGUUAAGCUGAAAGUGUCCACCACUCUCACUGGGACCAUGGCGAUCUGUCCGCGGUUACUGCUGCUGCUCGGAUGGAGCUAUCUAUUCGGAGGAUAUUGCGCGAUGUUGAAAGAUCAUUUCACAGAUUUAAAAAUGAAAGGUACAUCUGGGCACUCCGGUGCGGCCCGGGGGGACAAAGACCGCUCAGAGAAGGAUGAGCACGACCUACUUCUACAGGAUACUAUGACGGAACACAUGCAGAUUCUUUACGAACAAUACAACCGUGCAGGAUUUUCUUUCCGGGACGGGAAUACGGUCAGGAGCUUUAAAGCGCGCUGGGGCACCAUCAACAACAAGCAGUUCCAGAUCUUCAACCUGACGUCUCUCACCAAGUCAGAGGCCAUCCUGUCGGCGUCGCUCCACUACUACAUAGGAGACCUCCAGAACAGCACCCAGCACCCGGGCUGCAACAGCACCACCAGGCCCAAGCCCAAGAGCUGUGGAGCUCCGUCCCCAUCCCUGUCCCGCCACGGCCCCAGUAGACACAGCCACGUCCAGAUGGGUGUGUGGAGCUUCGCCUCAGUGGAUAAACAUAUCAGGACUUUGGGCCACUUUGUGAUCAACGUGUCUACACUAUACAGGGACUUCAUCUCUUGGCAGUGGAAGGAUGUCACUCAGGUGGUGAACCAAGCCAAGCAUCAUGAUGAGCUGCUCAUCGGGGUAGACGUGGCAUCCCAGCCUGGACCCAGGCCCUGGAAGAAGCUCCUCUCAGACCGCUUUCCUUACAUCCUGGUCUACGCCAACGACUCGACCAUCUCCGAACCAGAGAGCGUGGUGUCAACACUACAGAGUCAUCAGAGGCAUCAAACCACGAUGACCACGGAACAAGGAGCAUUCGCCUCCGGCUUCCACAAACUGGGGCUGCACGCUCAGAAUAGCACCGCCGCUCAACAACAGACCCCUCCUCACAGACGCCGGCGCUCGGCUAGCGUCCUCCUCCCGCUCCAGAACAACGAGUUACCGGGGCCGGAGUACCCGUCUGAGACAACGGACUGGGACGAGACCAGCCCCUACGAACCGCUGGAGAACAAGCCGGUCCGUCGGCCGAGGAAAAAGACGCGUGGUAAGAGCCAGAGGCACGGCGGUAAGAUGCCCCUGCUGCAGUUUGACGAGCAGACGAUAAAGAAGGCUCGUAAGAAGCAGUGGAACGAACCACGGAACUGUGCUCGUCGCUACCUGAAGGUGGACUUUGCAGACAUUGGCUGGAGCGAGUGGAUUAUAUCUCCCAAGUCUUUUGAUGCCUACUACUGCUCAGGGUCGUGCCAGUUCCCCAUGCCUAAGUCUCUGAAGCCUAGCAACCAUGCCACCAUCCAGAGCAUUGUGAGAGCGGUAGGGGUGGUAUCUGGUAUCCCUGAGCCCUGCUGUGUCCCAGACAAGAUGUCUUCCCUCUCCAUCCUCUUCUUCGACGAGGACAAGAACGUGGUGCUCAAAGUCUACCCAAACAUGACUGUGGACUCCUGCGCCUGCAGAUAGGGACAAUUACCACACACACACAUACACACCCACACAGGCACAUUCACAAAGAAACACACACACAGCUGGACAAUAAGAAAUGCUCUCUCUCUCUCUCUCUCUCUCUCUCUCUCUCUCUCUCUCUCUCUCUCUCCUCUUUCUCUCUCUCUCUCCUCUUUCUCUUUCUCUCUCUCCCUCUUUCUCUCUCUCCCUCCCUCCCUCUUUCUCUCUCUCCCUCUUUCUCUUUCUCUCUCUCUCCUACUCUCUCCCUCUCGCUGUCUCUCUCACAUCAAAAUCAAAGUGGUGCCGCCUACAUCUUUUGCAGAUGUUAUUGCAGGUGCAGUAAUACCUACCAAUACAAAACAAUGCGCACAAAUCCCAGAAAGUAAAAAAGAAAGAAAUUAAGAAAUAUCAGAAAGAGCAAUGUCAGAGUCUGGGAAUAUAAAUAUCUACACUGAGUGGACAAAACAUUAAGAACACCUGUUAUUUCCACGACAGACUGACCAGGUGAAUCCAGGGGAAAUCUAUGAUCCCUUAUUGAUGUCACUUGUUAAAUCCACUUCAAUCAGUGCAGAUGAAGGGGAGAAGACGGGGUUAAAGAGGGAUGUUUAAGCCUUGAGACAUGGAUUGUGUCUGUGUACAUUAAUAUACAGUAUAGACAUUAUAUGAAUAGAAAAGGUUUGUACAGCAGUAGUUAUAUAGGAUGAGCCUUCACUAGAAUACAGUAUUAUACAUAUGAAAUGGGUAAAACAGUAUGUAAACAUUAUUAAGGAGACCAGUGUUCAAUGACUAUGUACACAGGGCAGAGUACCCUGCACCUUAGAGUGGUAGCUGGCUAGUAACAGUCACUAAGGUUCAGGGCAGGCUACUGAGUGGUAGCUGGCUAGUAACAGUCACUAAGGUUCAGGGCAGGCUACUAAGUGGUAGCUGGCUAGUAACAGUCACUAAGGUUCAGGGCAGGCUACUGAGUGGUAGCUGGCUAGUAACAGUCACUAAGGUUCAGGGCAGGGUACUAAGUGGUAGCUGGCUAGUAACAGUCACUAAGGUUCAGGGCAGGGUACUAAGUGGUAGCUGGCUAGUAACAGUCACUAAGGUUCAGGGCAGGGUACUGAGUGGUAGCUGGCUAGUAACAGUCACUAAGGUUCAGGGCAGGGUACUGAGUGGUAGCUGGCUAGUAACAGUCACUAAGGUUCAGGGCAGGGUACUGAGUGGUAGCUGGCUAGUAACAGUCACUAAGGUUCAGGGUACUAAGUGGUAGCUGGCUAGUAACAGUCACUAAGGUUCAGGGCAGGGUACUGAGUGGUAGCUGGCUAGUAACAGUCACUAAGGUUCAGGGUACUAAGUGGUAGCUGGCUAGUAACAGUCACUAAGGUUCAGGGCAGGGUACUGAGUGGUAGCUGGCUAGUAACAGUCACUAAGGUUCAGGGUACUAAGUGGUAGCUGGCUAGUAACAGUCACUAAGGUUCAGGGCAGGGUACUGAGUGGUAGCUGGCUAGUAACAUUCACUAAGGUUCAGGGCAGGCUACUGAGUGGUAGCUGGCUAGUAACAGUCACUAAGGUUCAGGGCAGGGUACUGAGUGGUAGCUGGCUAGUAACAGUGACUAAGGUUCAGGGUACUAAGUGGUAGCUGGCUAGUAACAGUCACUACGGUUCAGGGCAGGCUACUGAGUGGUAGCUGGCUAGUAACAGUCACUAAGGUUCAGGGUACUAAGUGGUAGCUGGCUAGUAACAGUCACUAAGGUUCAGGGCAGGCUACUAAGUGGUAGCUGGCUAGUAACAGUCACUAAGGUUCAGGGCAGGGUACUGAGUGGUAGCUGGCUAGUAACAGUCACUAAGGUUCAGGGCAGGCUACUAAGUGGUAGCUGGCUAGUAACAGUCACUAAGGUACAGGGCAGGGUACUAAGUGGUAGCUGGCUAGUAACAGUGACUACGGUUCAGGGCAGGGUACUAAGUGGUAGCUGGCUAGUAACAGUCACUAAGGUUCAGGGCAGGGUACUAAGUGGUAGCUGGCUAGUAACAGUCACUAAGGUUCAGGGCAGGCUACUGAGUGGUAGCUGGCUAGUAACAGUCACUAAGGUUCAGGGCAGGGUACUGAGUGGUAGCUGGCUAGUAACAGUCACUAAGGUUCAGGGCGGGUGGCUGAGGUCCUUGAUGAACUUCUAGAUGGUAGCGGGGUGAACAGGACGUGGCUCUGGUGGCCGAGGUCCUUGAUGACCUUCUAGACGGUAGCAGGGUGAACAGGACGUGGCUCUGGUGGCUGAGGUCCUUAAUGACCUUCUAGAUGGUAGCAGGGUGAACAGGACGUGGCUCUGGUGGCCGAGGUCCUUAAUGACCUUCUAGAUGGCAGCAGGGUGAACAGGACGUGGCUCUGGUGGCUGAGGUCCUUAAUGACCUUCUAGAUGGUAGCGGGGUGAACAGGACGUGGCUCUGGUGGCCGAGGUCCUUAAUGACCUUCUAGAUGGUAGCAGGGUGAACAGGACGUGGCUCAUGUGGCCGAGGUCCUUAAUGACCUUCUAGAUGGUAGCGGGGUGAACAGGACGUGGCUCUGGUGGCCGAGGUCCUUAAUGACCUUCUAGAUGGUAGCGGGGUGAACAGGACGUGGCUCUGGUGGCCGAGGUCCUUAAUGAUCUUCUAGAUGGCAGCAGGGUGAACAGGACGUGGCUCUGGUGGCUGCGGGCGGUGCAGUUGUCGUAACAGGCGGUGAUUCAGCCUCACAGGAUGCUCUCAGUGGUGCGUCUGUAGAAGUUCGGGAGGUUCGUAGAGGCCAAGCAACAUUUCUUCAGCCUUCACUCACAGACACACACACACACGCAGACACAAGCACACACACACAGAAUAACCUUUCUGCAACAAAGCCACCUAGUGAUUACUGUCACCUAUCUACAUGGAUAUGAGAUGGUUGGUUGAUUAACCUUUUCAGGAAAGGACUGCUUGACCUCCUAUUGGAAGCCUGAAGCACCCUGUAGAAUGCUGAAGCACUCUGUAGAAUACUGAAGCACCCUGUAGAAUACUGAAGCACUCUGUAGAAUAUUGAAGCACCCUGGAGAAUGCUGAAGCACCCUGUAGAAUACUGAAGCACCCUGUAGAAUACUGAAGCACUCUGGAGAAUGCUGAAGCACUCUGGAGAAUACUGAAGCACCCUGGAGAAUGCUGAAGCACUCUGUAGAAUACUGAAGCACUCUGGAGAAUACUGAAGCACUCUGGAGAAUGCUGAAGCACUCUGGAGAAUACUGAAGCACUCUGGAGAAUGCUGAAGCACUCUGGAGAAUGCUGAAGCACUCUGGAGAAUGCUGAAGCACUCUGUAGAAUACUGAAGCACCAUGUAGAAUACUGAAGCACUCUGUAGAAUACUGAAGCACUCUGUAGAAUACUGAAGCACUCUGGAGAAUGCUGAAGAACUCUGGAGAAUGCUGAAGCACUCUGGAGAAUGCUGAAGCACUCUGGAGAAUACUGAAGCACCCUGGAGAAUACUGAAGCACUAUGGAGAAUACUGAAGCACUCUGGAGAAUACUGAAGCACUCUGGAGAAUGCUGAAGCACUUUGGAGAAUGCUGAAGCACUCUGGAGAAUGCUAAAGCACUCUGGAGAAUGCUAAAGCACUCUGGAGAAUGCUGAAGCACUCUGGAGAAUGCUGAAGCACUCUGGAGAAUGCUGAAGCACUCUGGAGAAUACUGAAGCACCCUGGAGAAUACUGAAGCACUCUGUAGAAUACUGAAGCACUCUGUAGAAUACUGAAGCACUCUGUAGAAUACUGAAGCACCAUGUAGAAUACUGAAGCACUCUGUAGAAUACUGAAGCACUCUGGAGAAUGCUGAAGCACUCUGGAGAAUGCUGAAGAACUCUGGAGAAUGCUGAAGCACUCUGGAGAAUGCUGAAGCACUCUGGAGAAUACUGAAGCACCCUGGAGAAUACUGAAGCACUCUGGAGAAUGCUGAAGCACUCUGGAGAAUACUGAAGCACCCUGGAGAAUGCUGAAGCACUCGGUAGAAUACUGAAGCACCCUGUAGAAUACUGAAGCACCCUGUAGAAUACUGAAGCACCCUGGAGAAUACUGAAGCACCCUGUAGAAUACAGAAGCACCCUGGAGAAUACUGAAGCACCCUAGGGAGAAUGCUGAAGCACUCUGGAGAAUGCUGAAGCACUCUGGAGAAUGCUGAAGCACUCUGUAGAAUACUGAAGCACUCUGUAGAAUACUAAAGCACUCUGGAGAAUACUGAAGCACUCUGGAGAAUACUGAAGCACUCUGGAGAAUACUGAAGCACUCUGUAGAAUACUGAAGCACUCUGUAGAAUACUGAAGCACUCUGUAGAAUACUGAAGCACUCUGGAGAAUACUGAAGCACUCUGUAGAAUACUGAAGCACCCUGGAGAAUACUGAAGCACUCUGGAGAAUACUGAAGCACUCUGUAGAAUACUGAAGCACUCUGUAGAAUA